GCUGGAGAUGCCAAGAGCCAUCUGGACAAUCAGGACAAUCAACAUCGUGAUGUGGCCUGCCUCGGGACUACUGGGACGGAGAUACAGAGAAACACCUGCAAACACCAAUCACCAAUACAUACAUCCACAAUCCACACUCAUCACCAUACACCGCACUGCAUUCGUCUACCAAACCAUCACCACCUUCCCAUUCGAGUGGUUGAACACGAUCCAGUCCCGAGUGGAAAUACCGAAACACCCCCUGGAACCCUCCUGGUAGUGGCAUUGCGACGACGUGGAAGGCAACCACAUACAACAACACAAUCACCCCACUCACCAGUCUGAUACUCUCACGUCCACCUUCGCAAUCAUGUCGAACCCUCUCGAUACCGACGCUGGCUCUGAGCUCUUCAGCAGCUACGAGGCCGAACUCAAGUUAGUCCAGGCCGACCUCAGCCAGAAGUUGGAUCAAAUCCCAGACUUGUCCGGCGAACCAAGAAAGGCGGCAAUCAGCCAAGCUGAGCGAGCUUUAGAGGAGGCAGACGAAAUCGUACGUUCCGGAAACCCCUCGUCACAUCCAUCUAGGAGAGAUGCUGAUUAUCUUCCCAGCUGUCAUCAAUGAAACUUGAAAAGUCCAAUAUCCCUUCCGCGAACCGAACCAAAGUAAAUCAACGCCUCCGAAACUUCGAGUCCGACAUCGAUGCUGCGAAACGGAAGUUGCGAACCCUAGCUGACGACAGAUCUGCCCUCUUUGGUGGUCGAUACUCGGAUAACCCAAAUGACGUUCAGCUGGAGCAAAGACAACAGCUCUUGUCAGGGACCGACAGGUUGGAUCGCAGCUCGCAACGUCUAAAGGCUAGUCAAGCACUUGCAAAUGAUACGGAAGCAAUCGGAGCAAGUACCCUCGCAAAUUUACGUUUACAAAGAGAAACGAUCGAGAACACCACCAAUACACUUUUGAUAAGUGAGGGAUAUGUAGACAGGAGUGUAAAGACAUUGCGCGGUAUGGCGCGUAGGUAAUUCUUCCCUAUACCCUAUUUAUAUAUGACUUCUGGGCAGUCUUGGCUAACCCAUCUUUUUCUGCAGGAUGGCUACAAAUCGGAUAAUUACCGUUUGUAUUAUCACAGUUUUGGUUCUUCUCAUCAUCGCGGUCGUCUACAGCAAGUUCAGAUGAGUAAUUUAUGGAUGGGUAUGGCGUUUUGGGGGGAAGACGAGUAGAUACUCGUUACGUUCUUGAGUACUUGGCACAAGCCAAUUUUAGGUAUUAUACAUUGUAAAUCCAGUUAUGAAUGAGGAGUUUUUUUUCAUGCAAUAGAGAUUUUCUCG